AUGUCGACAAACGACACCUUCUACCUUCGCUACUACUCCGGUCACUCCGGGCGCUUCGGCCACGAGUUUCUCGAAUUCGACUUCCGAACAAUCGCAGACGGUAGUAGCGCUGCUGUGCGAUACGCGAAUAACUCCAAUUACCGCAAUGACUCCCUCAUCCGCAAAGAGAUGUGUGUGAGCUCCGCCAUGAUCGAGGAAAUCAAACGCAUUAUCAAGCAGAGUGAAAUCCUGAAGGAGGACGACUCAAAAUGGCCACAAAAAAACAAGGACGGUCGCCAAGAGCUGGAAAUCCGACUGGGCAACGAACACAUCUCUUUUGAGACCGCGAAAAUCGGCUCGUUGGUCGAUGUGACUGAAUCGGCUGACCCUGAGGGUCUUCGCGUGUUCUAUUACUUGGUGCAGGAUCUCAAAGCACUUGUGUUCUCCCUCAUCUCUCUGCACUUCAAGAUCAAACCCAUUUGA